AGUUUGCAUUCACUCUACUUUUUCUGGAAGAUAUCACAUAAGAGGAGCACGUGAGUUAUAAUUGGAACGGACAAUAGAUCCUGAUAAGGAGACCGUGUUUGGCACUUUGUGUAUGACUAGCAAAUCAUUCUUGCUAUUACAUAUAUGCUUGUCAGCUGGGAAAAAUGAAUACAACAGUUCAAGGCUCCAAUGAGGUCGUUGUCAUGACCCCGCUCAAUUCAUUGGCUGAUGCCAGAAGUCAUCAACAGAAUACAGCACCCUGUACAUCUAAACUAUGCAAAAUGUCAGUACAAGUGAAGGAAUUCAUGAAGGCUGAGCCAACAGCUCUUGGGACUACACAAAUAAUGAUUGGAGUAGUGAACAUUCUUUUUGGAACUGUUUUGGCUUUUACCGAAGCAUCUAUUGCUGUGAUCUCAGGAGCGCCUUUCUGGGGUGGACUGCUGUAUAUUAUUUCUGGAUGUCUGACUGUAGCUGCUGAAAAACAUGACAGUGUUUGCCUGGUGAAAGGAAGUCUGGGAAUGAAUACUACAAGUGCCAUAGCAGCAGGCAUUGCAGCCAUUCUGUAUAUCAUUGAUGCAUCACUCCAACUCCAUUAUUGCUUAUAUAACAAUAACUCUGUUCGUUCCGAUUAUCGUGACUAUUAUGUGAUCUACUGUUCAGUACAACUGCUUCCAGUCUGGAAGUGUUUCAAGUCUAUUAUGUUUCUCUUCUGUUUCCUUGAAGUCUGCAUUGCCAUUUCACUGUCUGUAUUUGGUUGUAAAGCCACCAGUUGCACAAACAGCAGUUCUCCACAGCCUGUAAUACUGAUGCAGAAUCCACAGGAAUCGCAAGCUGUUCCUUUGAUUUCUGCACAAGCUCCCCAGUUGAUUCCAGCACAGCGAGGUCCUCGAAGGUUUUCACCACAGCAUACUCAUCGGAUGUUUCCUCCACAAUAGAGCCUCCAGGCCACAAAGUUCUUGCAGCCCCCAGCAUUUCCUCAGAUGCCUCCAUGGAAUGCAGCUUCUGUUUCUGCCCCUACUGCAUAUAAUCAUUUUUCUUAUAUGGAUAAAAAAUAAAGUUAUCAAUCCUACUUUUUGAAUACAUAAUCAUACACUAUAAUCAUAUAUAUCAUCAUCGACUAAAAUCUAUGAACAUUUUACAGUAUCAAGAUCACGGAAGAAGCUCACUGGUUAUGUUCUUCUUUUGUUAACCUUUUAAAAUAGUAACUGAUGCUUUUUAAUGUUUCUUUGUGCAGAGUACAGAAAGUGUACACAGAUGUUUUGGCUAAAACUAACUGUUGCUAUUAUAAAUUAUGCUGCAUUGUGAAACCUUUAGGUAUAACAGCAUACCUGUAAAUUUAACAACAAAAAUCAUGUACAUUGCUACUCAAGUUGUGGAUAAACAGGCACACAUCAUAGUUCAAAAUACAUAAUAGUGCAACUGGAGCGGUAAUGGUGAAAAGUGCAUAAAGUACCCUGGUGUCUGUUUACAGUAGCACCCCGUUAUAUGUGACAAGUACUACUGGCCCAGAUGAAUAUUGAUAAUGGAUGAGUGGCACAGCUCGGGUGUUAAUGUAUUCCAAUAAUGCCCCACCCACCCAACAUAUCCUACUUGCCAUUGCAUUCAAGUAAAACAAUCUGUUACUGUUCGACAGUUUCAAGGAAAUGGAGAAGCUCAGAAUAAUUUCCAUCACAAUAAUGCACAUACUGUUUCUUCUACACUUAUUAUCUCAUUUUUAUCUUUCCAAAGACUUGUAUGAUACUGUUUGACAUUAACAAGAGACUAACUCUGUUCCUGUUUCAUAUCUGUCUAGUUCUCUCUAUCCAUGCAUACACAUUCAUUCACGCACAUGCUCAUGUGCAAGCACGCACACACACACGCACACACACACACACACACACACACACACACACACACACACACAC